AUGACCUCAAUAUCGACAUCCACCCUCCCCACCAUCACCCGCUCCACCCUCAUAAACACCACCUUCACCGACCUCACCCCCUCCGACACCAUCACCCGCAGCGAUCUCCGCGACGUAACCAUCACCUGCUCCGGCAGCAGAACCCCCACCACGCUCCUCCGCUCCGCCCUAACCUCCUGCACCGUCACGCACUCCUCCACUUCCCGCUCCAACCUAAAACACACCACUCUCACUAACGCCAGUGUCUCCCGCACCGAAGCUACGCACGCUUCCUUCGGCAUCUACGCCUACUCGCACCGGAGCAUCCUCUCCAACGUGAUUCUCCGCGAUCGCUCCUCCGUCAAGCGCAGCCACGUAAAAGAUGCUUGUUUGAUGGGCGGUAGUUCUCUCUGGCGGAGUAAUGUCACCAAGUGCAUGAUCGCGGAUGAGAGUCGGGUGCAGCGGUGCAAGCUGGUCGAUUGUGAUGUGGUGUGUUGUGUGCUGGUGAAGACAGAUUUUGAGGGAAUGGUGGUUAGGAAUGGGGUUUGGAAGGAUGGGGUGUUGGUGGGGAAGGAAAUGAAGAUCCCGGUGAAUGAGAAGAAGUUGGAUAGCAAGGAUACCAAGUACUGGUUGGAGGAAGAGAGUUCGGAGGGGGAGGGGGAGAGGGAGAUGUCGCCGCCGCCGGCGUAUACGGCGCGUAUAGUACUUCCCUAUGAGCUUUACUGGGGAAACUGGAGUAGAACUAUCGCUCCAGACAAUAUGGGUACUAUGGGUGCAAUUGGCGACAUAACAUGA